CUUAUCUACUACUACUGUUUCUUUACAAUAUAGCACAAUGAAUUGCAAGAGUUCUUCAACAAAGUUUGCUUCUAUUAUUGCUUUCUUACUUUUUACAUCUUUGUUCCAGCUGCUUAAUGCAAAUGAGGUGGUGAAGUCAAGUGAUGAUCAGUUAAAUGUUCUACAACUUCCAGUAUCUGAUCAAGAGGCUAAACCAGAAGCACUUGAUGGAGUGUUUCAAGUUUUCAUAACUCGAUAUGAUCGAGAAUAUUCGACUCGUCAAAAAAAAUUUGGUGGUUGUAUCGACCCACCUCUUUGUGUAUCUGACAGCGAAUGUGCGAACUCAGCCUGCGGUCACAGGUGUGUGAAGAAUGGAUGGAAUUACCAUGUCUGUGGCAUGUGGUGAAAUUCAAGAUUUGGCUCCAAAAUUGUAUGCCAUGGCACAAUCUUAUGGUUUCUAUCAGAAAAAUAAGUGUAUCUCAUAAAUUGAAUUUUUGAGAUACUUCUUUCGUGUGUUAAUUCAGUAUUACUAUAUAUACAAGAUUUGGCCAUCAAUGAGUACUUUUGGUCUAUGGUUUCUUCA